AUGUUUAUGAAAAAGAAGUUUCAUAAAAGAAGCUUCAUUGAAAAUUUUACUCCGGAAGGUAGAGGUGGUCAUGUAGCCGCUAUAGUUAAAGAUAAGAUUUAUUUUAUGGGUGGCUCUCGUAGAGUUUCAGAUGAUAAUCCAAUAAAAAAAAAGUUUCCAAUAAGAGGUUAUAAUUUAUCAGAUGAAGUUUUUUCCUUGGAUCUUACGUCAUCAUUCUCUAGAGAUAGCCCACCAUUUAUUGAUCUUUCUGGGACUUCACGAAUGUUAUAUGGAAGU